CGAAUGGUGGUCAGAGCCCUGAACAGCACGUGAACGCACGCCGACGUGGCCCGAGUGCCACCGAAACAAGAGAAAGAGGCUCUUGAUUGUACAUAGAGCGAGAGACAGCAAAAGCGGCAAUAACAAAGCAGUGUGUCAUCGCAGAGCACACACUGACGAACACCGCAUCCAACACCAGAGCUUCGCGUGUGGUGCCUCACACGAGCCGAGCUGCGAGUAGCUCGUACCAGAGAGCUCCGCGUGGUGCCUCACAAGGCGAGCAAGGCGUAACGCAUAACCGUAACGAGUGGCCACCAUGCGCCGCCGACGCGUCACCGCACUGAUGCUGGCAACGGCCGCCAGCGCCCUGAACCUCCCCGGCCGCCGGUUACGACAACGGCUACGCGCCGCGACGCUCGACCCGACGCCCGAGGGCACCUGGGACGCCACAGAUGAGACCUACGACCCGAGGGACAGCGCGAUCAACCUCGCUCUACUAGAUGAACCUUUGGAACUCCCCGAGACGCCGUCGCGGCCGAAAAUCCUCGCGUUCGCGGCACCCGUCGCCGUCCUGAACCUCGCGAACUUUAUUAUGGGUUCGGUAGAUACAGCCGCGGUCGGCACCUUCGGCACGACGACGCAGCUCGCGGCGUUGGCGCCGGGCACCAUGGGCAUGGAGUACUCGUGUUAUGCUCUGUCGUUCUUAACGACGGCGUCGCUCAAUUUACUGAGCACGAUCAGCGACCCCGACGGCGAGGAGCGGGACGUCUGGGAUUCUACCUUAGCUGGGAGUAUCAAAGUUGCGAUAUUAGUAGGCUUGGUGCACGGCGGGCUGCUGCUGGGCGCCGCGGCACCAUUAGCUCGUUUAUUAGGAGCGAAUGGUGUAACCGUAGCGCCCGCGGCGAGGUACCUGCGCCUCAGGGCUGCUUCGGCCAUAGCGUUUCAUGUCUCAGCGGUCUGCGGCGCGGCGCACUUCGCGAAGAAAGAUUCAAAGACGCCGCUGUAUACCAUACUUUUUGCGGGCCUCGCGAACUGCAUCGGCGACCGGGUGCUAUGCCCGUUAGCUGAAAGUGGACGGUUGCCGGGCAUCCCGGACGCCAUUGGGGCUGCGGCUCUGGCGACGACGGCGGCGCAGUUCCUGGGGUUGGGCUUCACGCUGAUGGCGCUGAAGCGGACGAAACGGCUGCCGAAGGUCUGGCGGCGCCGGGGCACUGGUACCACUUCUGGAGCAUUUCUGGCCUUCGCCGGGCCCGUAAGUCAGCUCCUCUGGUGUAGAAUUGCGAUAUACGCUUACGUGGGCCGGUGCGCGUCGUUACUGGGCGCCGCCGCGGGCGCGGCCCAGCAGAUCAUGUCCACACUCUUCUGGGGCUCGACCACAUUGAGCGCGGAGCCCUUCAACACGGCGGGCCAGACAUUUUUGCCCGACCACUACGACCCCGAGACGCCCGAUGUCAUCACGCCGCGGUUCCGACUGACGUUGCAACGAUUACUAGAUUCGUCAUUACUCUGGGGCCUCGCCAUCACGCUGGGCACCUAUCCGCUCAAAAGCGAGAAAGCACUGUCCAUGUUUACCACAUCAAAAGAUGUGAUGCGCCUCGUGGCCAUCGGGCCCAUCCUGGCGGUCGGCGCCUUGAUCGCGCCCAUGUUGACGGCGGAGGGUACGCUUCUGUGUGGAAAUCAAAAUUUUACGGCUCGUGCUGAAUCGUCGCGUCGACCUCCACGCCACCGACGCGCCGCCUGCUCGAUGGCGUGGCGGUGCCGGUUCCUCGCCGCUCGCCGAGAAAUGACUUUGUGAAGAAUCAUCGGGUGCACCCGACACACUGGUUGAUUUCCGCACAGGUACUCUUGUGGUCCUAGGCGAGUUCCAGUGGUUGGUACGCAGUAUGGUCUUCUCCUCCUUCGUCACGUACGGUCUCGUGACGUGGCUACGGCACGCUGGUAAAGCAUCAAUUGCGAACUACUGGUGGGCCACCGUGACCUUCACGGCCUGUCGACUCGUCUGCAACAUGGUCGGCGUGCGGACUCAUGUAAGACGCGCGCGCGUGAAGAACCUUGCCGAGUACCGGCGCGAGAAGCGCGAGGCCGAGUUGAGAUUGAGGACGUGUCCGCCGUGGUUCGACAAGCGCUCCAAGAGGAAAGUGCCGGCGACGGGCCAGUCGUACCCGAUGGAUAUAGAGUACGAGCGCAUCCCCUAAUACGUGUAAGAACUUGUGCA